AUGGAACUUCUAAACAGAGAAGCUGAGCUUCAUAAAGAAAAUGUUACUUUGUCAGGAAGCAGCAGUCCAGAAGAUGUCUUCAGUCGCCAUGAAACGCAGGCAGUAUCCAUUUGUAUGGACACCACCAAGCCUUCAGGUGACUACAUUCGAAGACGAGGUUAUACGGAGUCUUCACUUCUGAAGCCUUCCACAGAGGAGUGCAUCAGGAGCCAUCAUGCACCUUUCCAGUUUGACCGGCAUGCUUUGGCCAGAAUUUCCACUUCUCCAACUUUAAGGCGUCUAAGGAUGGCCUCUGCCUCACAAGCACUGACAUUUCAGGACUGCUCUGACACAGCUCAGCUGGGGAAUCAAAAGGAAUACAGUGGCUCUCUCCAUCACAUUUGUAAGAGUCCACCUCGGUGCACUACAGCUUCCUCAUUGUCACUGUCUUCUUGUGUCCAUGCAAAAUUACUGUCUUCCAAAGCCAAGUCUGAGACAACUAUUGCAGAUUCAGACUCUGCCAGCCCCAGAUCAAAGCUGCUGAGCCAAGAAGAUUCUCUCAGCAAUGGCAGUCCCAAUGAGACACUCCAAAACUCUUCGAGGGCUAGCUCUGCUACACUGCCUAGGAGACUUCCCUGGCCCAGGUCUACACCGCAGGAGGGUGUCCAGGUAAGAGGACUAGGAUGA